AUGAACAUUGUUUAUGCGACAGACCCGGGAGCUGCACUGCCGUCUGGCGAAGAGACGGUUGCAUUGCCGCCUGGCGAAGAGACGGCUGCAUUGCCGCCUGGCGACGAGGUCUCCGACACCCCAGAGGUGCCCCGGCAUGGGGAGGAAGCGCAGGCGGCCCCUGCGACGUCGCGGAUGUCCAUCACCGCAGGGCAGAACAGCAACAAUCAAGGAUGCAGCCCGACCUCUGCUUUGCCUCGCGAGUCGUCGUUGCACCCAACGGCGAAGCCAGCACCCGCGACGCCCACGGCAGCUGGCUCUGCACCGACGGUUCCGGCGACCGCACCCAUGACAGCAGUCACCGCUUCGACGGCAGCGACUGAGCUGACAGCCCCUGCCGCCGCUCCGACGGCAGGCGCGCCCAAGGGCGCGGAGGCAAAAGGCGAGUCACCGGAGAAGGCCUCGAUGUUUCAAAUGGCCCAACAGGUUGCCGGCCUGGCCCUCUUCGUGUGGUCGUGGCUGAAAUGCUGGGGCGACACCAUCGUCAAUGCCCACUGGAUUGUUCAGGAAGGUUACGACAUCAAGUAUGCCGCUCCUGUAGGCGUUCUGUUGGUUGGUGUGGUGAUGACGAGCAUUAUUGGCGUGCUUGAGUUCCGACAGGAGGGCGACUCUUUGGGUGCCUCCUUCGCCGCAGUGGACUUGGACACACCGUUCGUGAUCUUCACGCAGGCGAAGCCCAUCGUACAAGGGCAGGAUGUCAAGUCCUGGCAGAAGCUUCAGAUGCGAAGCGCAAUCUGGAGGUCAGUUCCCCUCGCCUGCAUCACCUUUUUUCUCGCGCUUCGGGACCUCGUUGAGAUUCCGGCGUGCCAGUUCUUGUCCUGCGUGUCCAUUCUCGGCACUGGGCUCUUUAACGACGACCAGGGCCCAUUCCUCCAGGCCGCCACCGCGCAGAAACUGAAUGUGUCGAGAGUCUACCGCUGGAUUGAGAUCCGCCAGUCCACAGAUGCGUACAACCUCACGAGGGUCUUCGAGCCGAGCUUUCGAAAGAAGUUCUUAGACACGGAGGAGCUGCUGUGGAAAAGCGCCCACUGCGGCGAAUCGCAGUGGCACGCGGCCAACAAGUUCUACCUGCAAGAUCUCUCAGAGACUUGGUUCCUGAAUCCCGUGGCGCGCCCGGAGGACGGAACCCUGGGUGGUCUUGGUGCAGGGAACCUGCUCACGGCUAACUUGCAGUUUCUGGAGAUGACGCAAGACAAGAUAGGUCGAAAUAAGGCGAUCCACGACAUCGCUAUAGACUUGACAUACAAGGUUGGUGGGACGAUGAAGGCCCGCAAAAUCUGGCUGGCUUUGAAGAUGAUGCCCUUUCCAGAUGUGGUCAGCCAGGUCUUCGAUCAGAUGCGCGAGGACACGGUGAACACUCCCAAUGUGAAUCGUCCCGUUCGAAGCGUCCGCCAGGAGCGGCCGCAUUGGCAGUGGGGCACCUUGCAGGCUUUCGUGCUGCUCUUGAAUGCGGUAACGCCCAUGAUCCUGCACGUGCGUAAAGAGCGGAAUCUCCAGAAGUUGAGUCAGUUGGCCUGCGUCGGCGUCCACGCGAUGCUUGACAUGGUGCUCCUGGUCGUCGUUCUGACCCUGUCUGCCUCAUCUGCUAUGAUCGAAGAUGUUGGUGGCCUGCCACCUACCGAUCUGUCGCAGAGCGUGGCUCUCUUUUUUCGUCGCGCCCUGAUCCUGAUCGAAGGGAUGGCGACGCCGGAGCCCAAGGCACCUGCCGAAACUCAAUUGUUUGCGAUUGACUUUGCGUCGUAUAUCCUUCAGCUGUGUGGGCUUUGCUGGGGCUGUAGAUUUUGCUUAGCUUUCGCGAGCAUGGCUGAGCGCUUUUCGGUGGAAGGCCUAGAUUCCGAAUGGGAGACCUUGGAGAACGUUCGUGGGAGAUUGCGUGAGGAAGGUGGCCGACUCGUGAUUUCGAACGAGGAUGGUAGUUACGAUUCAAGCAACCGCCUGGCUAUCCAGAACCUUGAGCUCCUUACCCCAAUGCUGGUUCGAAUGACUUCGUGCAACCUCAAGAUCCCAGAUAUCGAUCCCCUACGAAUCGUUCUGCAAAAGGUUUACCAAUUGUUCGGCAAAGAACCUCCGGAGAGCGAAGUCGACGAUGAAGCUUGGGCUCUUCGGCACCUCGUGGGUCAUGUGAAGCGCAAGACCCAGAAACAUCUGGAGCCAGAUUUCCAAGAUAUGUGCCUCAUUUUGAACCCUCAGCUUGAGGCCAUUCUUGACGACAGCCAGCCGCCGGAACUGGUGCUUGCAGCAGACCUGCCAGAGCCAGCUGUUGCUGAAGCUCCCAUACCCGAGCCCGAAUGUCUGGCAGCUCCCGCCGAGCCAAGUCCUGUUGCGGAGGCUGCCUUGCCCGAGCCCAGACGUGUUCCGGAAGCAGCUCCCCCGUCUGAGCCAACACGUGUUCCUGAAGCAGCUCCCCCGUCUCAGCCAACACGUGUUCCGAAAGCAGCUCCCCCGUCUGAGCCAACACGUGUUCCGGAAGCAGCUCCCCCGUCUGAGGCAACACGUGUUCCGAAAGCAGCUCCCCCGUCUCAGCCAACUCGUGUUCCGGAAGCAGCUCCCCCGUCUCAGCCAACUCGUGUUCCGGAAGCAGCUCCCCCGUCUCAGCCAACUCGUGUUCCGGAAGCAGCUCCCCCGUCUCAGCCAACACGUGUUCCGGAAGCAGCUCCCAGGCGGCCCAAGAAAGCUGCAGCUGAAGAUGCUGCAGGCCAUCAGGAUGCCCGCGCCGCAAGCCAGGAGGAGUUGGAGACGCCACCACCGAAGCCAAGCCUCCUGCAGCCGGAUGAUGCAGACACACAGUUGUACGACAUCAUGCGCGUGCCUCUGACUCCCUUGACCCCAGACUUCAACAAACCCUCGAGAACGCUGAGCACUGCAUCCGUGGACACAAAACGCUGGAUGUAUCAGCAUCCGGGCGAGCCGAAACCGAGUCCAGCUAAGCCCCGAGCACUUCUUCAAGAACCGCCCCCUGAACAAGAAGAGCCCGAGAGUGCGCUGCCGACACACGACCACGAGGAAGAGCAGCAAGCAGAGCCGAUGCAGGAGGACGCAGACAAGUGCGAAGAGUUCCCCAUCAUCUACACCGAACAGGUGUUCGGCAGACGACAGCAGCUUGGACUCAGAUCGAGGAUCAAGGCCCAGAACAAGGACAAGAAGAGCGCCGACAAGGAGGCUGCCGAUCCGGAUGGGUUUUCUGGGACGCGGGGAGGCAAGAAGCUUAAACGCAAGGCCUCCAAGAGCCGCCUUGCUCGUCUCAAGAAGAUGCGCAAGUCCCGCAGCUUCUCGGCAAGCGGCCACGACCUCGACGAGCAGGAGAACGAGGCCGAGGAGAAGGAAGAGGGCGAGUGGGAGCAGGACGCCCACGACGCUGGCAAGGCCAAGCGCAAGCCGAAGGCCAAAGCCUCGCCGAAAGCCAAAUCCGGACCGAGAGCGAAAGCGAAAGCCAAGUCAUCUCCGAAAGCCAAGUCCGCACCGAGAGCCAAAGUGAAAGCCGCAGCCAAGUCUUUGUCCUCGAAGCCGGCCGAGGGUGAUGACGAUGUGGCGCACACCAAGAAUUCAAAGGGCGGUCGACCGAAGGGAUCCAAGAAUAAGCCGAAGGAGGUUGUUGAGGAGAAGAAGACGAAGCGCGCCCCCAGGGUUGCCCCGAGCAUCCGCCUCAACAGCAAGUCCGCCGACGACACGCCCCACGACCCUCUUGACCUUAAGUACAUAUUGGAGUUUUGGAGCGACUUCGAGAACCCCAAUGCCGACAUGGCCAUCUUGAAGAAAGAGGUCAAGGCAUGGAAGCCAGUCUUCACCUAUGUGGUGCCGGACAUCUAUUGGAGCCGCAACGAGUGUGCGCUCACGUUCCACUACGAGAACGAAAGCGGAGAGGCUUGCAAAAGCAACUUGGGCCACUUCCACUUUAGCCGCGACAACUCCGGGCUGUUGAUUGCCAUUGCCUGCAGCUACUUGCUGGCUACUUGUCGUUAA